AUUGAAAACGUAAUUAUGAAUCUAGUGCGAUCUAUCAAUGGUAGCGUAGAGUGGAAUAAUAAGUUGCGACAUGCUCAUGCGAUAGCGUCAAUAUUGAACGAGAAUGAAGCAUGGGUUAUGGGUCUGAAGCAGGGGACGUUUAUGUUGCUGAAUGUCUUAACAACUUUUGGGCAUUUGAUCGUCGACGUACCGAGCGGCGGCCCAUUUGAGAAUGUUCGUGUAGCCAUGAUCCAGAGUGUCGUCUUCAUAAUUCGGAACCGCUUUGGAGAUGCGUGCAUUCUCGGCCGGGAAUUGCUGCUUGUGCUUAUGCGCUUGUCAAAGGUUCCCGCUAUUAACGCGAUCUGGGUGGAUCUUAUUACAUCUCCUUCAAAAUUUGGUCUGAAUGAUGGUAUUGAAGACCUUUUUCGACAAAGCGCUAAUUUCUAUGGUGUCCGUCUAUCGGCAGAAAUGACAAAGAAAAUCGAAUUUAUCAUUUGUCAAUGCAAACCCAGCACACAAGACAAACACUUCGAGUGGUUUUCAAAUUCGUUCUUCCGUGGACCCGAUGGAUUAAGUCUUCGAGCGGAAGCAAUCCGUUAUGUCCUCUACUUCUUCAAGCCUGAUAUGCCAUCCCACGUGCUCGACGCUCGUAGCCAUUUUCUUUACUAUUUGCUAACAACUUUUCCUCCAAAUACUGAUGUUGAACAACAGUGGUGCAAGACCGUCGUAUGGUUUGACUGGCUUACGUAUGACGCUCAUACUUUAGUACAGUUUAUCGAGCCCGUUAUGGGUAUGAUACGGCAAGCACUCGCAAAUUUGCCAUCCAAAGCUAGUUCAAUGCUGGAGUAUGUCUGCAAAAGUAUUGCGUUUAUUUACCCUCCACGAACUGAGCUGUUCAGGAAGUGUGCGAAUGAUGCCAUGCAAGCUGUACAUGAGUAUUAUGGAGGAAACCUCGUGGGCAUAUUGGAAAACCCUCGCAUCGACCGCACCGUCAGGGAGCUAGUACGUGAAACAUUCGCUGAGUAUUUCGCACGUAAUACCAGCCUUCCUUCACCAGUAGCAGCACCUCCUGUGCCAGCUCCUGCUUCUCCAGCCGUACCAGCUGCGGUACAGCCACCGUUGGCAACUCGGCCGUUGACCGCGACGGCUUCCAAUUCAAAUCACGCCCCGGUUGUUAAAGAGAAGUUCCGAUUGAAGGACAGAGAAAAGAACAAGGAGAACGACAGAGACGACAAGGAAAGGGGAAAGUUAAGCAAAACGCCAAGCCCACCAAAUGGCACUUUGAUAACGUCAAAAUUAGAUGAGGCCAAGAAAAAGGAGCGAGAAAAAGAGAUUGAGGAGUUGAUGGAACAACUACGAGACGAUUUCAAGGCUACCAUGAUGACCAUGCGAGAGUGCUUUCGAGAAACUGAGGAUGAUAGCGAACGAGGCGAAGCUGUACAAAAAUUGCUUCAAAAACUUUUGGAAAAUGCAAAUGACGGUCUGAGCAGUGACUGUAUCUCUUGUUAUCGAGAUGUGGCACGAGCUCGAGAUGAAGAAAUUGAAACGGAGAAUGUAACAUUGUUUCGGAAGGACUCGUUUGCUCAGAUCGUCUCCGCUUCGUUGGAUUGGCCUACCACUGCACAAUGGGCUUUCUGGCACUUGGUGCACGCCGAAGGUAUUCCUGGUGAAUGGUUGAUCCAACUUCUGCCAAAACUGAAGUCAUCACAACAUGCUGAAGCCGCCGCGAAUGUGCUGCUUAUGUUGAAGAGGGCGGGUCCUUCCACCUCUGACAAGUGUAGUUCAGAUCGUGAUCCUAACAUGAACAUGCUACGAGCUUUGUUCUCACGAAUGCCAUCGUCUGACGACACGUUUACUAUCGACUGUAUAAAGAUUCUGAUCGAAGACCCAUCAACAUGUAAACGUGUUUCGGACAAUGUGGGUAACCUUCUAAAGAAGCAAAUGGCUGCUGGAGAUUUGCAUAUUGGUGGGGGCACCAAAGGUGCAUCGAAGAAGAGUCCGCAGAAGUUAUCUAUGGAACAGGUUCUUGCACAUCUGGAGCAGUUCACUCAGUUGUGCCUAAUGAAGGAGAAGAAAUCAGCAGAGCAAAUAUUUUCAAAUUCUACAGUACUAGAAGCAUUCAUGGAGGCUGAAAAAAACGACAAGGUCGCUCCGUUAAGAUCGAAAUUUGCCCAACUUUUUGCUGUAGUGAAUAUUCUUCGUGACGAGUCUCGGGAUAAGGAACAAUCUUCGCGGACGCUCCGGGGGAAUCGCGGCAGCAGUGCAUCUUCGUCGUCAAGCAAGACACGGCACAAAGAGGAGGACAAAGAUGACGAUCACGUGCCGAAGAAGAAGCCUCGUCGAGUGAUCACCAUCGGCUCAUCGUCGUCAUCAUCGGAAGACAGCGAAUGA